UUCGUGUGGUUCUUGGGCGGUGUCAAGCACAGGAAACAGUCGUUUUGGAAAGCUAUAAGGUCCAUAAUAGGCCUUGUGCUCCCAUAUAUCAUACAAGAGCAUGUUAUUAGCAUUCCCUUGGCUGGGUGGUCUCGUCGCAGCCUGGCAUCUUCGUUUACGGCCACAACACUGUCGCUCCAUAGUACUCAUUAUCUGUUUGCGUACGAACGACUCAUUUGAAGAGCACGUCUCCAGCUAUGGGGCCCACCACUUGACGUAUAACAUGACAUGCGGCUACGUUGAUGUUAUCGAUGGAUCCACAAUAAUUACACCUAUCGCUGCCAUAUCCUGGUCGAGCAAAGCUCUUUUCGACAUCCAACACAUAGCUAUUUUGUACCCCGCGAUUCAUCUCAACACCAAAGCAGGGCUAUUCACAUUUUUCCAAUAGCAAUGGCAAGCGUAACCGUAAUCUCAAUUGGCGCCAUGGGGCUUGGCAUUGCAAAAGUACUACAGACGCAAGGCCACAAAGUGUUGACCAGUCUUCAGGGCCGCAGGUAGAGCACUCUUCAUCUCUCGGACGUUCCAGUGAGAGGACUCUUACAGAC